CUGUUGAGAUUACACAGAAUGAGAGUAGUGAGUUGAGUCAUUUCAGUUCAGUUCAGUUGAAUGUGCUCUGGUAUAGUUACAUUAUUCAUUGUGGCCUUUUUAUAUAGUCUUACAUAUUAUGAUUGCAUUAGAACAGUAUUCAAUAGGGGUUUAUGUUGCGGAAAUAACAAUCAAGCUGAGUAGAUAAUAUGCAAUACGGGCCCGACGCACAGGUGUCUUUGGCAAACAAAUAUUAUGGACACUCUUCAGAGGUUACACGUUGGCUGAGUGAGUGGUGAUCAAGUUGGCCUAAGGAAGACCGUGCGGACUGCUAAAUGGGCGGAGGCGGAGCACCGGAGCUGAUGACCGUGUAACCGCUCGCUCGUCGAGGCAGCAGCAGAUCCAUGCCGGUUUAAGUCCGCUAAGAAGCUACUAGUCCAAUUAACAGAGGAGGAGUCGGAAAGCCACGCGCGAGGGCUGUUCAACUUUACUCGCUGCUCCUCGGCCGGACGAUGGAUAUGAGCGCCGCUGCGGCAUCUGCCCACGACCCGAUACGACGACAGCCCGCCAUCACCAAACAAGUUGGAGCAGCAGCGACACGGCGCCGCCAAUGAUACGCCGGUGCAUUCUUUAGAGCGGUCGUAGCAGCGAACACAGUAAGCCGUGGUAAGACCCCCCCUGGAGAGAGUCGGCGCGAGGGCCUGCACGCGCGUCACUCGGAGACGCCUCGGAGUUCCCUCGGACCCCGGCGGUGAAGGUGACUCGUCAACAUGGAAGCGUUCACCGAUGUGCUGCUCGUCACCGCAAAUGUCGGGUCACUCUUUGACAAUGUGGGUGAAAUUCAAAAUGAGUGGUUACAAGAAUUGUAUAAGACUAUACACAGCCACAACCCGCAGUUCAUCGCCCUGCACUUCCAGGAGGUGGGAGGAAAGGACUAUAUGGUCAACAUGGGCCAUGCCGAAAACUUCUUUUGGAACAUUGAGUCCAGUGAGGAAAUGAAAGACUUUGACAGGGUCUGCAUCUAUGUGGACAACCAGUUCCAAGCAGAAGACAGAUUCACGGCUUUGGGGAGCUUGUACUUCAUACACAAGGCACUGAAAAACAUCUAUCAAUAUGAUUUUAAUGUUAAGGAUUUUAAAGCAGUUUCGGGACAAAACAAGCAUGUGGGCUCUCUGGACGGGGUCACCACAGUGGAGAAAGAGAAAUUCCCAAAGAAUUUCUGGCCUGAUUUCAAGUGGUCCAGAAAGGGCUUCAUGAGGACCCGCUGGAUUAUACACAACCAAGGUCUGGACCUGGUCAAUGUGCACCUGUUCCACGAUGCUUCCAACCUCGUUGCCUGCAACUCCAGUCCAUCCAUUUACUCAGCCAACCGCAAACACGCUCUCAGAUAUGUCAUCAACAGGAUAUCAGAUAGCCGCUAUUCUCCUAUGCCUUUUAUCCUGUUUGGAGAUUUCAACUUCCGUCUGGACACACUUAGUCUGGUCCAGCAUCUGUCCAUAGCUGCAGAUGUGCAGACAGUGAAGAAGGAAUGCAGUAAUGAAGUGGAGAAGAUCAUCUGCGAAGAAAAAGACAAUGACCACCAGGUGGUGCUCCACAUUGAGGAGAAGCUGUUUGCCUACCUGCACCAGGCGGUUUUCAUGGAGGACAACGGCAGAGCGCUUUUGAAAUAUGACGAAGAAGUCGCAGCCUUUCAUGAUGUUAUUAAGGAAGAGGACAUCACGUUUCCACCCAGCUACCCCUACAGUGAGGAGUACACAAAACCGACCCAGUACAUGAAAACUCGCUGUCCUGCCUGGUGUGAUCGUGUCCUCAUGUCGCACACCGUCCAAGAAUUCAUCCACAAGGGCGACGACGGUGAGAAGAGCAUUGUCUACAACACAGUGGGUCCUAAUGUCUGUAUGGGAGACCACAAGCCGGUUUUCUUGUUCUUCUUGCUGAAGACAAAUGGCCAUUGACUUGGCUGCUUCUCAAUGCUCGGUCGGUACCAGAGGAUAAUCAGCAUGAUGGUUACCCGGCACACACCUACCCACCCAGCCAGCAGCAAGUCUGGAUUCACCCCAUACCCCCGUCCUCACAUCCCUGGUGUCUCACAUCUGCCUGUCUCACUGCCACAUGCUGUCGACCGCAAGUGACACGAUCACUGAUUUAUCAGCAGCUGGUAUGGAUUUCUGGUGCAGUUUUCCAGAUUAUCUCCUCACUCAGAUCUUAAGUCCUGUUACCAGAAAGCUCAGCAUCACUGAGGAUGUUCCCAUUAUUCCUACCCGUAUCCAUGGAGACAAAGAACUGAUGUAAAGACUGAAGUGUGUCACUGUGCACGCGCCCCUUUACAUGAAAGUGUAUGCAACACAUUGUUACUUUUUCCUGAUUGUAAUUGUUGCAUUGUUUUUUUUUUCUUCACAAUGCCUUCUUGUUACAGGCACUGUCAGACAAACCCACCACACAUGUACUCAUUCCCUAUCGGCCCAAGAUAUUUGAGUAAAUGUCCUCAGUCAGUCAGACAUUGUUGUACCAACUGGACUGAAUACCUUCCACUGAGGAGGUUCAAUUAGCAGUUUAAUUCAGUCAAUCAGAAUCCAGUAUCAUGAAACUGCUGUAGAUAACGUUUAGCUAAACAUUACGAACAACAAUAUUAUAAAUUAAUGGGAAAAAAAAUACAGGAUCUCUAAUAUCAAGUAUUGGACCAGUCCCACUGACUAUGUGUGUAUGCUUUUAUUUUACGCCAUUUUUAGAUCUUUAGAUUUUAAAGUUGGUUACUAGGGAAACUUUGUUGAGGAAAGCUGUGAAACCAGUUUUACCUGCAAUACAAAUUUGCCUCCGAGGGCUUUACACAUCACAGUUUGGUCAGAUUUUAUAGAUAAAACACAACUUUGUAUCUUGCUGAUGACGUAUUCUAUGUACUUGUACUUGUAGCUACUCUACUUUCUCACAGUGGCUUUAAUUAGGUCACAUAUGUCUUGAUUACAUCACAAAAUCCCUUCCAGAAUUGAUUUAGAUAAAUGUACAGUAUAUGAUGUAGCAAUGACAGUAGACUGGACAAACAGCCAGUAACAUUUUAAAAACAACAACAAACAGACUACUUUAUUCAUAUAACACGGCAGCAGCGUGUUUCAUCCUGUUGAAGCUGAAGUAACGUUCUUCUGCUUUAUAUUCUUAUGUACCAACUGUAUGUCAAUACAAAGUGCUUUAUUCCACAACCUAUAACCUAUAAUAUGUAUGUGUGUGUGUGUGUGUGUGUGUAUAUGUAUGUGUGUAUAUAUGUGUAUAU